AUGUCACAAAGUUCACAGCUAUAUAUGGACUCAGAUGCAGAGACUGAUCCAACUAUAUAUGACAAAAUAGUCCAAUCUGCAAAAAAUGAAGUAUUUAACAGUUAUCAUGGUACUCGUUUUCUCUACUAUUUAUGCGAGGAUAAUCUUGGUCGUCCUGUACUAGUAUUGGUAGCAUGCUUCUUGCCUACAGAUGUUUCAGCAUUAGACAAAGCUAUGAGAUAUGCAGUCAGUAGUACUAAGGAAUAUGUUCAAAAGGACUUUGUACUUAUUUAUUGCUUAACAAGAACAAACGUUCUUAGUGACAAAAGCGGAGGUUUUCUGCAGGCUUUUUAUGGUCUUCUUCCAAAAGAUUUCAAGAAGAACCUAAAAAAGGUCAUCAUGUUUCAUUAUGGAAUUAGUAAUAGGGCAUUUAUGUCUGUAAUCAGUUCUUAUAUGUCUCCAAAAUUCAUGAAGAAGUUAGAGUAUGCUGACACAAUAAAGGACCUUUGUCGUUUUUUACCAAAUAUCCCUACCGAGGAAGUUUGUUCACGGUUACCAUAUGUGGUUCAACAUGAUGAUGCUGAGCUUAGUGGAGUUGAAGUUCCGAGAGUUUUUUCCCUUCAUAUUGUCGACUUAUGUAACAAUUAUGGUUUUCUAGUUCCUAAUUAUGGGCGAGUACCAGAAAUUUUAGUUGAUCUGACACAACAGCUAUCUAAGCCAGAUGUCAUAUGCACUCCAGAAUUGUUCACUUUGCAAACAUCAGCUUCUAACUUAUAUUCCCUUGUAGGCGAAAUAGAUAGUGGUGAUCCUUUUAGAAGCACAGAUUCUGAUAUCCCAGCUUUAGUUUCAGCCUUUAGAUUACUGUUGGAUGCUCUAGAAGAGCCACUGCUUGGAAGGAAUAUAUUUGCAUUAUUACAAAAGCAAAGCUCAACUGGAGUAAAUGAACUGUCGCACACAUUUUAUAUUAACUUGCUCAGAGAAACAAUUGCUACAUUGACUGUUUCCGCAAGGGUCUCCUUAAUGUUUAUUGUCCACUUCUUUGCAUUUGUUACAUCUAAAGCUAGGUUUAACAAUAUGAGUCCACGAAGGAUUGCAGAAAUCUUUGCACCAGCUUUUUGUAGACCUACAGUCACUUCAAAUACUAUGUAUCAAACAAUACCAAUUUGUGUAGAGUGCAUUACAUCUUUAAUUUCUGAUCCAGAUGCUAUUUUUACUACUCAAGAUGGAGGUGAUAGUGCAAAACAAGUAACAAAAGUUAGACCUAAGAUAGAGGAGGAUGAGGAAAGUGAUGAGUAA